AUGGCGGCUGCUGAUACUCUCGGGAAAACCUUCUCCUGUUCGUCUUGUGAUUUUGUCGUGGAAUAUCAAUAUCAAGGAAGAAAACCACCAUUUGCAAAGAACAUCAUGCUCGUGGAAGACUGUUACAUUAUGAAAGAUCCCUUUUCAACUUCAGGUGGUUUUGUGUGUGUAGGAGGCAUCUGUUCCUUAUGUGGGUGUAGUGUUUGUAUGUCAAAUGACUGCAGUCUGUUUUACACCCAGAGGUUUUGUUUGAAAUGUGCAGGAAAGAACAUGAAAGAAUUUCCACCUGAGUUGCAACAAGAAAUAUCUCACAGACUCAACAGCUGA